CCCGCUCCGAGCCCCGCCGACCCUCCCGCAGCCAUGUCCCGGCCCGGCAGCCCCCGGCCCGAGCGCCCGGAGCGGGCCCGAACCGAACCGGGGCCGCCGCCAGAGGUGCCUGAGCCCUCCCUCCCUGCCCCGAGGGGUCCCCGGUCCCCCGCUCGCCCUGCAGUGCCAAAAAAGGAGAAAGCCCUGGAAGGUGACAAAUCCCUGAAGAAGGAGAAAGCCCUGGAAGGUGACAAACCCCCGAAAGCCCUGGAAGGUGACAAACCCCCGAAAGCCCUGGAAGGUGACAAACCCCCGGCAGUGCUGACAAAAAGCCCCCGGGCCGAGCUCUGCGGCGCUCCUGAAGCUGUGACAUGCCAGCCCCAGGUGGGGCCACCCCUGCAGUCCCCUGGUCCCUGCACGCAGCUGCUGCCCAACGGGGACGCGGGGAACGGGAUCUGCCGGGCUGUGCCCAGCACGCAGAAACCACCCCGAAAGCUGCAGCCACACCACUCCAUCAACAGCCAGGGCAGCAAGAAGAGCAAGGGCAGCUCCAAGUCACCCUCCUCCCACAUCCCCAUUGAGGCGCAGGAAGAUUGCUGCGUGCACUGCAUCCUCUCCUGCCUGUUCUGCGAGUUCCUGACCCUGUGCAACAUCGUGCUGGACUGUGCCACGUGCGGCUCCUGCACCUCGGAGGACUCCUGCAUCUGCUGCUGCUGCUGCAACUCGGGCGAGUGCGCGGACUGCGACCUGCCCUGCGACAUGGACUGCGGCAUCAUCGACGCCUGCUGCGAGUCUGCCGACUGCCUGGAGAUCUGCAUGGAGUGCUGCGGGCUCUGCUUCUCCUCCUGAGGGCCCCUCUGGGCGGGGGGAGCUGCGCCAGGACCCCCCAGAUCUCCCAUGGUGGGUCAGGCUCCGGCCGGGCCCUCAGGAGGCCUUGCUGAGGAAGAGGAGGAGGAAGAGGAGGAGGAGGAAAGUGAAUCCCCUGCUGGAAUCCUCGUCCUUGGAGCGUGUCCUGCCCGGGGCAGGCUGAACCCAGAGGGCCACGGGAACUCUGGUGGUGUCCUGGCCUGCGCUACCUCUGCCAGCACUGGGGGGCUGUGGGAGCCUCCUGCCACCUGAGCCGAGAGCAGGAGUGACUGUCACACAGAGCCACCCAGCAUUGGGGACAGCCAUUCACAGAGCCAGCCCAGCAUUGGGGACAGCCAUCCUGCAGAGCCAUCCCAGGUUCUGGCCUUGGGGACAGCCAGUCCCAGAGAGCCACCCUGGGGCCUGGCCUUGGGGACAGCCUGUCCUGCAGAGCCACCCCAGCACUGAGGACAGCCCAUCCCACAGAGCCAGCCCAGCACUGGGGACAAUCCAUCCUGCAGAACCACCCUGGGGACAGCCCGUCCUGCAGAACCACCCCAGCCUUGGGGACAGCCCAUCCCAGUCAUCCCAGGGCCCAGCCUUGGGGACACACAGUCCCGCAGAGCCACCCUGAGGCCCGGCCUUGGGGACAGCCUGUCCUGCAGAGCCACCCUAGGGCCCAGCCUUGGGGACAGCCUGUCCUGCAGAGCCUGACACUGGGGACAGCCCAUCCCACUGCCACCACCCCAGGACAGUGCUCCAAGGGGGUUACAGGGGGUGGCACAGAGCAGGGACACCACCAAGGCUGGGUGACCCCUGGGGACUGGGACCAGCCCACUGUGGGGUCCCAAACUGGGGGACACAUCCUGUCAGCCCCCUGCCCUCUGUGCCCAGCCUGGCUGCCAAGUGCAAUACCCACAGCCUGAGCCCCUCCUGGAAGAAACUUUUCCUGUCAUUGAGCUCUGUGUGUCCCCCUUGUGUCCCCAAUGUGUCCCAGGCAUGGUGGCUCAAUUGGUGCCAGAUGACCCCAGCAUUGCUGUCCCCAUGCCACCAUCCCAGGGACAGGUGGUGGGGAGAGACGGGAAGGGAAGUGUCACAGUAUUUUAUAGAUUUUUUUUGGUUCCUUUUUACUGUAAAUAAAGGUCUUUCUUCAUUUCUGACUGGCAGCUGGCCCAGCACGUGCUCUGCAGGGCACUCCCUGGAGACAGAGGCUCCGUGUCCCCUGUCCCUGCAGCCCAUCCUGCUCCCAGCUGGCUUUGGGGACAUGGGACAGGUCAGUGAAAGCCCCCAGGGUGCUCCUGUUGGCUGGGAAGGAAAAUGCAAGAGGACUUUGUGUCCUUGGCUCCAGGGAACAGCAGGUUGAGGUCCUGGAGUGUCCUGGCCCCCCCUGGGACAAACCCUGGCUCUUGUCCCACCAUCCCUGGGAUGUCACCUGCUUCACCAGCCCCAGAGCACGAAUUACCCAAAGGAGAAAAUAAAUUAUGCAAAUUCCUAUGGAAGGGCUGGGGCUGGUGAGUUUGCUGCCCUUGGAAUUGGGGUGGUUUUGGCCACUCCUGCCCUGGCUGGGACCCCCACCCAUGCGAGGGACCACAACCCCACUCUGGGGUCUCGCUGCCCUUGGAAGGGCCCAGCUGGCCCAGCUCAGCUGCUGCCUGGGCUGAGGCUGAACGAGGAGGGAAAAUCACUCAAAAACCGGGGCCAAAUGGGUCAGUUGGUCACAGUGAC